AUGUCUUCCAUGAUUACAGCCGCACAGUGGGUCCCUAGGGGCUUCGCUGCGCCUUUCCCUCAGAAGUAUACCCUGGAUGAGGCAGAGUUUGAGCGGAUAGCGGAGCUUGCCAAGCUCCAACUGGACGACGCCCAAGAGGAUCUUGAGGAAGCUGAAGCUGUGCAGAAGGGCACAAAGGCCAACAAGACCGCGGACGAUGAAGAGGACUCGGAGAUGAAGAUCGAUGAAGACAAACCGGCUGAGAAGACGGAGAUCAACCUUAAUGAUGAUGACCUAAAAGAAUAUGAUUUGGAAAACUACGACAACGAUGACGACGAGGAUGUGCCUGGAAACGGCGAGGGCAUGGGCAUGUUUGGUAAUAUCAAGUCGCUGGCAUACUACGAGUCGAAUAAGGACGACCCCUACAUCACAAUUGAUGCCGACAAGGAACAGGAGGAUGAGGACCGGGAAGAGCUCCAGAUUCUUGCGACCGACAAUCUUAUUGUGGCUGCCAAGGUGGAAGACGAGAUGGCGCACCUCGAGGUUUUCGUUUACGAGGAUGAGGCUGACAACCUUUACGUCCACCACGACAUCAUGCUCCCAGCCAUCCCUCUGUGUGUCGAGUGGAUCGACAUGCCCGUGAACAAGGCCGGCGUACAGAAGGACUCGGCAGGUAACUUCGUCGCCGUCGGCACAAUGGACCCCGAUAUCGAGGUGUGGGAUCUGGACACCAUCGACUGCAUGUACCCCAAUGCAAUCCUCGGCCAGGGAGGCAACGAGGAGGAGAAGAAGUCAAAAAAGAAGAAGAAGAAGUCUAAGAAGUCCAACGAUGAAUACCACGUUGACGCUGUCCUGUCGUUGGCUGCGAACCGCAAGCAUCGCAAUCUGAUGGCUUCAGCCUCUGCCGACAAGACGGUCAAGCUGUGGGAUCUCAACACGACAAAGUGCGCCAAGUCGUACACUUAUCACACCGACAAGGUGUGCUCACUUGUGUGGCACGCGAAUGAGCCCACCGUGCUGCUUAGCGGUUCUUACGACCGAACUGUUGUGGCCGCCGAUAUGCGUGCGCCAGAUGCUAAGCCUCCCCGAUGGGGCGUUGAGAGCGACGUCGAGAAUGUGCGGUGGGAUCCUCACGACCCGAACUUCUUCUUCGUGUCCACGGAGAACGGUGUCAUCCACUACCAUGACGUCCGCAAUGCGCCGUCCGACCCUACGGGCACCAAGGCUGUCUGGACGCUCCAGGCUCACGACGAGUCUGUUUCUUCCUUCGACAUCAACCCCGUGGUCCCUGGUUACAUGGUGACCGGCUCGACCGACAAGACGGUCAAGCUGUGGAACAUCCAGUCCACAGGGCCCUCGGUGGUGGUUUCGCGCAACCUCGACGUCGGAAAGGUCUUCUCCACCACGUUCGCGCCUGACCCGGAGGUUGCCUUCCGCCUCGCCGUCGCCGGCAGCAAGGGAACAAUGCAUGUAUGGGACACCAGCACCAACGCGUCGGUGCGCAAGGCCUUUGCUCAGCGGGUGCCCGAGCAGCGCGGGAAGGGUGAAGAUCGCCUCGUGGGUGUUAACAACGAUGACAGCUCUGACGAUGACGAUGAGGACGAUGAUAAGCAGGACGAUGAUGAUUCGAUGGAUGAGAACUAG